AAAACUUUUCCGACCACAGAGCCCCUCUCUCUCGCAUGAUAAUUAUAGCACACUGUCAUCCUACAAUUAACACACACACAUAGAAGUAAGAAGCUAGACCCACCAUAUAAAAGACAGCUAGACAGACAAUAGCCACACCAGGAAGACACAUCUAAUACAAACAGGCUUGAGACUGGAUUCAUAUCAUGUUUUAAAAAGGACAGGGCACAAAACGACCGCAUUUAUAAACUCUGUGCUCUGUGUAUCAAUACAAAGCCCUGACUGGAUAUCAAUUUGAGGCAAACAAACCAUCUGAACACUAAUGAGUGCGACCAACUCCUCUGCCUACCGGUCGGAGCGCAGUUACCACCAGAAAUCAUCCUCCUCAUCUUCAUCUUCAACCUCAACAAACCCAUACAUGGAGAAGAGCCGGGGACUCUUUGCUGAGGACUUUGGAUCUUUCAUGUGUCCAAAAGAUGCUUUGGGAUUUCCAAACAGAACAGGGACAGUUGGGAACAUCAAGACUCUGGGAGACACAUAUCAAUUCACAGUGGAUGUCCGAGACUUCCCUGAGGAUGUGAUAGUCACCACCUCAAACAAUCAGAUUGAAGUUCAUGCUGAAAAGCUUGCAACUGAUGGGACAGUGUUGAACACUUUUACCCAUAAAUGCCAACUACCUGAGGAUGUGGACCCGACCUCGGUCAAGUCAUGUUUAGGGGCUGAUGGGACUCUCACUAUAAAAGCACAAAGAAACACUGCAAAACUGGAGCACGCACAGACGUACCGCACAGAGAUCAAAAUUUAGAUCUUUCCCCACCCGCUGUAUCUGUUUCCCUGUGAUAAAUGACCUUAAAAAUAUAGUUACUUAGUCCUGCUUUAUCAUUCCUCCAUGACCUUCUCUCAUUUCUUCUCAUUAGACUUGGAUGGAAUUUAAUCCUGUCAUAUAUAUUCAAAACAUUCUAGACAAAUGCAUUGCUAACUUCUAUUCCCUGCCAACUGUAUAUCACCUUACAAUAUACAUACAGUGGGGUCCAAAAGUCAGAGAUCACAUUUAAAAUCUGAGAUUCAAAAGUUAAACUUAAGAUUGAAAGAGAACAUUUUCUUGAAAAAAAUAUGUCUCACAUUUUUUUGGAGCCCACUGUAUGACAAACAAUCAGAACAAAUAAUGCAACUCAUUCCCAAAUGAGUUAGAAGUGUGAGAAAUCUGUUUAUUGAACUGAUUGUUAUUGUUAUCAAAAGGUACAUUUUCUUAAUGUUAAAUUGUUGUGUUGUGUGAUUAAAACUACUUUAGAACAGAAUAAAACCAGAACACAUUUGAUGAAUAUU